UUCAAAAUCAAAACCCACUUUGUUAACUAAACCCGCCAAAACCGGCCCCUAUAUUUUGGUGUCCCUCACACUCACACUCGUACACACAUUUUCAGUUUCACGAAAUUCUCAAAGCAGAGAAAGAAUCACUGAGAGAGUUUUGAAGAAAAUGAAUACAAAGACGACGAUCUUGUUUCUCUUAUUCGUUCUCGCUUCUCAUGGCGUUGCCGGAGUCCAGAUCCUCUCCAAAUCUAAGCUCCAGAAGUGCGAGAAGAGUUCCGAAUCCGGUGAUCUCAACUGCACCAAGAAGAUCGUCUUGAACAUGGCGGUUCCCAGUGGCUCCAGUGGGGGAGAGGCCUCGAUAGUGGCAGAAAUAGUGGAGGUGGAGGAUAACUCAUCCAGCAACAUGCAAACACUGCGAAUACCACCCGUGCUAACGGUCAACAAAUCUGCUGCAUAUGCCAUGUAUCAGCUUACAUAUAUACGAGAUGUUCCUUAUAAACCUGAAGAGUUAUAUGUUAAGACACGUAAAUGUCAGCCAGAUGCUGAUGCCAAAGUUGUGCAGAUAUGUGAAAGGUUACGAGAUGAUAAAGGUCACAUUAUUGAGCAUACCCAGCCAAUCUGUUGUCCUUGUGGGCCCCAGAGGAGGGUGCCUUCAUCAUGUGGAAACUUUUUUGACAAGUUGAUGAAAGGAAAGGCCAACACUGCACAUUGUCUCCGAUUUCCAGGUGAUUGGUUCCAUGUUUUUGGUAUUGGACAGCGAUCAUUGGGAUUCAGUGUCCAAAUUCAAGUCAAGACUGGAUCUAAGAUUUCGGAAGUGGUCGUGGGUCCUGAAAAUAGAACAGCAACAUCUAAUGAUAAUUUCUUAAGGGUUAAUCUUAUUGGUGAUUUUGCUGGAUACACAAAUAUACCAACAUUUGAGGACUUCUACCUUGUUAUACCCAGGCAGGGUGGCCCUGGUCAACCACAGAAUUUGGGAGGAAAUUUUUCUCUGUGGAUGCUGCUUGAGAGAGUUAGAUUUACCUUAGAUGGCCUUGAAUGUAACAAAAUUGGUGUUAGUUUCGAGGCCUUUAAUGGGCAACCAAACUUCUGUGCUUCACCAUUUUGGAGUUGCUUGCAUAAUCAGCUGUGGAAUUUCAGGGAGGCUGACAAGAAUCGAAUUACUAGGAAUCAGUUGCCACUAUACGGUGUGGAAGGAAGGUUUGAAAGGAUAAACCAGCACCCAAAUGCAGGGAGUCAUUCAUUCUCCAUAGGAGUCACUGAAGUUCUUAAUACAAAUCUUUUGCUAGAACUAAGUGCUGAUGACAUAGAAUAUGUUUACCAAAGGAGCCCUGGAAAAAUCUUGAGCGUUAGCAUACCAACAUUUGAAGCCCUUACUCAAUUCGGAGUUGCUACAAUCGCAACUAAAAAUACUGGUGAACUGGAAGCAUCAUAUAGCUUAACGUUUGAUUGCUCGAGAGAUGUCAUCCUCAUGGAGGAACAAUUCUUUAUUAUGAAGCCAAAAGAAAUUACGAAUCGAUCAUUUAAACUCUAUCCAACUACAGAUCAAGCUGCCAAAUAUGUAUGCGCUGCAAUAUUGAAGGACUCUAAUUUUAAUGAAGCUGAUAGAGCUGAGUGCCAGUUUACUACUACAGCUACUGUUCUUGAUAACGGAUCACAGAGUACUCCUUUUCAACCACCAGAGAGCGGUAUAAAUGGUUUCUUUGAUUCUAUAGAAAGCAUUUGGAACAAAAUAUGGAGAGGUUUGUUAGAUUUCAUCACUGGAAAAACUUGCAGAAGAAAAUGCUCUGGAUUUUUUGACUUCAGGUGCCACAUACAGUAUAUAUGUAUGAGUUGGAUAGUGAUGUUUGGUUUACUUUUGGCAAUUUUUCCAACAGUGCUUGUGCUUCUAUGGCUUUUACAUCAAAAAGGACUCUUUGAUCCUCUUUAUGACUGGUGGGAAGAUCAUUUUGGGGAUGAUAAUCAGAGUAUCAGCCAAAGAAAUGAAUUUGAUCACCACCACAUUCAUGUCAAUAAACAUCAUGAGCAGCCAAGGCACCACAAGCAUGGUGCCCACCAUAACCGAAGAAGCAAUUACAAUGAACGAAGACAUAACCAUUCUGGCAGAGACACUGAUUAUAAUUACUGUGUUGAUCAUGUUCACAAGGAAAAGCACAAGCAUAGGCGAAGUAAGCAUUUAGGUAGUCUUCAGCAAGUUGAUGACAAUAUUGGGCAUCACAGACGGAGAAAGGAAAGAGAGACUAUGAAAGGGCUGUCCAAAGCAAGCAGAUAUAUUUAGGAGAAACAAGAUGAAUUUUACAAACGUAGAUGUGGACUGCUGAAUGACACACUUUUGUCUGCAUGCUAAGCAGAGAGAAUUUUGGAGCUUAAAUUGAUAUUAUAUGUAAUGGUAUUUCGUCAAGUAAUACAAAUUUCCAAGAAACUACAUUAUAGUCUUUUGACUCUUUUCCUGUAU